AUGACUUAUUACUCUAUUGUUAUUAUUAUCGAUUCAAUAUCUGGUGAUAUAGCACUUCUCUGGCUAGAUUUCAUUGAGAACAGUAAACCCAUUAAACAAUGGGUUUAUUAUUUGCGAAAAUCUGAAUCCUCAAAGCAAGCGUGGGCAAGUGAGGACAUAAAUUUCAGCUGGACCGCAAAUUGUGGUAUUAUUAUCUUGGGAAAGCUGCUACCACCCUCCAAUGUUUUCAAAAAUGACCACAGUAACAAUAACAAGAUUUUUGUUGAAUUUGAAUACAUUAGCUGGGAUAGAUUAUUGGUCUUUUGGCGCGGACCCUACAAUGCUUUUUGA